AUGUUACCAUCAAAAUUUGGUAGCGUGCGGCAGCAGAAGCCGCCCACAGAACGCCGUACAAGUCUACGACUCGACGCGAGCAUAGUGGCUUUGCGAUACGAAAAGACUGUCCCAGCGGAACCUCCCAUUCUGAUUGUUUCACGAGACCCUACUCGCCUUUCACGUCGUCCUUCGUCUUCCUCGGCAUCAUCUCACAGCUCUCGUCACCGUCCUAUCGUCAUUGUUCCUCCUGGCAUGGUUGCACCACCCGCUGAGGAGCACCCAGCCCUGCGAGGCUCAUCAUCAGCUUCGUCUUCAGCUCCAUUCUCAGCUUCAGCGUCAUCCUCAUCUUCACCAACGCCCAGAACAUCCCCCGUAUCAGUGGAGGAGUGGAAGCGUGAUUCUGGAGUUGCCAGAAACAAGUCUACUUCAACAAUUCACGAGGAGGAGGGCGAGGACGACUACACGGAAGCUGCGUGUAAAAGCAGGAUUCCUGCAGUGGGAUCGACCGUGUCUUCUCUCGUAUCAUCCGUCAUGUCGCAGCCAAGUACGACAGCGCAGCGAAUAGAUGAUCCAUUCGUGGACGACAACAGCAUCUUUGCUCCGCUAACAACAACACUGAGUGAUCCUUUGUGUGUCGUGUACAACCCUCGAUGCACCACGCCGCCUCCUCCACCUCCACCUCAGGCGUCCCACUCUGAUACAGCUGCACCUUUAUCUUCACCUUUAUCUUCACCUUCACCUGCAACCGUGACUGCAACACCAACUGCGCCUGCGACGCCUACUCGACCAAGCAGAGCUGCCCCUACGGUUCCUUUUUCUAUUCCUUAUUCUGAAUGCGUCGCCGGCAGAGUCCCAUCCUCUCCCACAAACCCUCCUACUUUUAGCCGUCGUUCUCAUCAAUCUACCCGUCGCUCAAUCCAAUCAUCACCUCGAACUUCUUGUUCUUCCUCUCCCCCCACAAUCUCUAGGGGUCUUAGCCCACGGUCUGGAUCUCGCUUCGGCAUAUUUUCCCAGAUGUUUACUCCAACACAACCCUUGUGGCGGGGCUCUGUGAGCGCCAGCACCAGUAACAACGGCGGCGAUUUCAGCGCCUCCAGCACCCAUACCCCUACCGCCAGCGCACAUUCCACUGUCGCCGCUGCCGUUCCCACCCCUGAAGCUACCGCCAGCGCUACCUCUACCGUCAACGCUACAGCCACUGAUCCCGCUGUGACCUUGGCUUUGACUGGAUCUGAGCUAGAGCAGACGCAUUCGUCGGAGAAGGAGCAGGGUUCUUCCCAUUUUUGGAACAGGUCCCGUUCUGCCUCCACAAUCUCGAACAAGAAUGGCACUAGCACUGCGACAUCAGUGGACCCCACCACUAUUUCAUCUGAUUGCGAUCUCCCCUUUGUUCCCAUCGACGUGUCCAUCCCCUGCGACAAUCUCCUUGAUGAUGCCUUCAUGAACACUGUUUCUUUCUCCAAUCGAGGCAGCAUCAUGUUAGGAGCUCAAGACGCCGCUCUUGUUGACGGCGCCAUCCAACAGUGCAGCAUGGCGUCAGCGUCAAUUGAUUCUUCUUCUUCCGCAUCCGCUUCUACAAACACCGACACGCUCGCGACCCCAAACAAUGACGAAAGCGACUCUGGCUGUGCCACGCCGACGCCGACGCCUACUCCCUCUAAUGCCGCACCGCGUUCCGUCAUUCCUACUUCUACUCCUACUACUCCUACGACCCCAAAGUCACAGUCCCAAGACCUUCCUCGACCCAGCGACGAGUCCAACGACAUGAACAACCCGAUUAAGGGGGCAGACGAUGGUUCCCUUCAGGACUCAUCAUCGACCCCCGACAUUCGUGUCUUGGCCGCCGACAUGGAGAAGGAAUCUCAAAAGGUGAGAUCGCUCUAUACUGUUGGCGAUGGUUCCCACGGUGAGCCUGGCAAAAGGCGCUCGUACUGCGAGCGUCUUGAACCAACUCCCGAGGUCCCAUCCGAGGAGAAUGAACUUGACCCUGCCCAAAGUCACCUUUCUCCGGCCUGGCAAAUGCCCGCAUCUGGAAGUUCUUCUUCCCUCAGGUCUAGAGUUGGGGUUCUAGAGGACUGGGAUGACCUGGAAGGCGCCCGCGUCGACCGAUAUGGAUUCAUCACCUUACCGCCGCCAGCUGGCACAAGAAUUGGCACACCAACAGAAACAAGGUCCGCCUCGGGCUCGCCUAGGAAGCGUAGCAUACUACAGAGGCGAGACCCGUAUUCCUUAACAUCUACCCUUAGCGGCAGUGGUCGGCGGACACCAACGAGAAAAGUGUCCGCUCGAUCACUCAACACACAAACAUCCGAACUAUCAGUAUCGACAUCGCUCCGCUCAUCUCGAUCGGUCAUACGACAGGCUAGCAAUUUAUUACCCCACAACAGAGACAGACGGUGGAUGGACGAAGCAGGUGAUAUGCUGGAUGCCGCACCUAGUCUACAGGAUAUAGUGGAUGAAAUUCAAGCUGAGAAGUUGACAGAAGUAAUGAAGAAAAAGGAGUGGGAGCGAUCCGAAAAAUGGAGGAGGAUGGCCAAGGUCGUCCGCAAGGGCGGCGAAGGCGAGGGUAUGGAAUUCGAGUUUGACACCAAGAACCCGAAGCUCAUUGAGAGGACAUGGAAAGGAAUCCCGGACCGAUGGCGGGCAGCAGCGUGGUGGUCCUUUAUGGCUACCAGCGCUAGGGCUCAUGAGGGCAUGAUGUUGGAGGAUAACAUCGUGGCCGAGUUUCACAGGCUCCAGCUGCGAAGCUCUCCUGACGACGUACAGAUCGACUUGGACGUGCCCAGAACAAUAAGUCGUCACAUUAUGUUUCGACGACGUUAUCGAGGCGGCCAGCGAUUGUUGUUUCGAGUCCUUCACGCCAUCUCCAUCUACUACCCUGAGACGGGUUAUGUCCAGGGGAUGGCGUCACUGGCGGCAACAUUACUCUGUUACUUCGAUGAAGAGAAGUGCUUUGUAAUGCUUGUCCGCAUGUGGCAGCUGCGUGGACUUGCGCGCCUAUAUCGCCCAGGCUUUGAGGAACUUAUGGCAGCCAUGAGUGACUUUAGCAAACACUGGCUUCAUAAGGAAGUAGCCAGUAAACUGGACGAAUUGUGUAUUGACACUACUGCUUAUGGUACGCGCUGGUACCUGACGCUGUUCAACCUUUCGGUCCCCUUCCCGGCCCAGCUGAGAAUCUGGGAUGUCUUUUUAUUAUUGGGCGAUGGCUCAUCUGCUGCAAGCGAAUACCGAAGGCCGGAGAGUAAUUCUUCUUCGUCGGGCGAAUACGAUGUUUUGCACGCUACUAGUGCAGCAUUAGCCCAAGCCCUUCGCGAAGUUCUCCUUGAUGCAGAAUUUGAGAACGCCAUGAAGGCCUUAACGUCAUCGAUUCCCGUCAAGGAUGAAGACCUUUUGAUGAAAGUGGUCAAGGCGGAAUACAAACUACACCACGGCAAAAAGAGGACUUAG